AUGGCGUUGAACGGAUACAGCAACAGUUUUUGGGGUUGGGGUGGCGAAGACGAUGAAAUCUAUUACAGAAUUAAAGCUGCCGGCUUAACGUUGCUCAGAGACGAUGGGAACAUCACCCGGUACACGAUGAUUAAACAUUCAAGAGAUAAACUGAAUGAGAAUAAUGAAUGUCGUUGGAAGCUGCUUGGGAAAGCGAUUAAAAAUUGGAAGACUGAUGGGCUGAAUAGCGUCAUGCAUCAACUGGUAAGCGUGGAAAAGAAUGCACUGUACACAAAACUGGUUGUGGAUGCGCUGCCGAAACUGACUUACCGAGUAAUGUGCUAA